UCCUGUAUGUGCACGUCUUCCUGUGUGAUUUGGGUCACGUAUAAAGUCUGUGCAGAGUUUGUAUGUUGUCUGUCAGCGUGGGUUUCCUCCAGGUGCUCCCACAUGUUCUCCCUGUGUCAGCGUGGGUUUCCUCCAGGUGCUCCCACAUGUUCUCCCUGUGUCAGCGUGGGUUUCCUCCAGGUGCUCUGACAUGUUCUCCCUGUGUCAGCGUGGGUUUCCUCCAGGUGCUCCCACAUGUUCUCCCUGUGUCAGCGUGGGUUUCCUCCAGGUGCUCCCACAUGUUCUCCCUGUGUCAGCGUGGGUUUCCUCCAGGUGCUCCCACAUGUUCUCCCUGUGUCAGCGUGGGUUUCCUCCAGGUGCUCUGACAUGUUCUCCCUGUGUCAGCGUGGGUUUCCUCCAGGUGCUCCCACAUGUUCUCCCUGUGUCAGCGUGGGUUUCCUCCAGGUGCUCCGACAUGUUCUCCCUGUGUCAGCGUGGGUUUCCUCCAGGUGCUCCGACAUGUUCUCCCUGUGUCAGCGUGGGUUUCCUCCAGGUGCUCUGACAUGUUCUCCCCGUGUCAGCGUGGGUUUCCUCCAGGUGCUCCGACAUGUUCUCCCUGUGUCAGCGUGGGUUUCCUCCAGGUGCUCUGACAUGUUCUCCCUGUGUCAGCGUGGGUUUCCUCCAGGUGCUCUGACAUGUUCUCCCCGUGUCAGCGUGGGUUUCCUCCAGGUGCUCCCACAUGUUCUCCCUGUGUCAGCGUGGGUUUCCUCCAGGUGCUCUGACAUGUUCUCCCUGUGUCAGCGUGGGUUUCCUCCAGGUGCUCCCACAUGUUCUCCCUGUGUCAGCGUGGGUUUCCUCCAGGUGCUCCGACAUGUUCUCCCCGUGUCAGCGUGGGUUUCCUCCAGGUGCUCUGACAUGUUCUCCCUGUGUCAGUGUGGGUUUCCUCCAGGUGCUCUGACAUGUUCUCCCUGUGUCAGUGUGGGUUUCCUCCAGGUGCUCCGACAUGUUCUCCCUGUGUCAGCGUGGGUUUCCUCCAGGUGCUCUGACAUGUUCUCCCUGUGUCAGCGUGGGUUUCCUCCAGGUGCUCUGACAUGUUCUCCCCGUGUCAGCGUGGGUUUCCUCCAGGUGCUCCGACAUGUUCUCCCUGUGUCAGUGUGGGUUUCCUCCAGGUGCUCCGACAUGUUCUCCCCGUGUCAGCGUGGGUUUCCUCCAGGUGCUCUGACAUGUUCUCCCUGUGUCAGUGUGGGUUUCCUCCAGGUGCUCCGACAUGUUCUCCCUGUGUCAGUGUGGGUUUCCUCCAGGUGCUCCGACAUGUUCUCCCUGUGUCAGCGUGGGUUUCCUCCAGGUGCUCUGACAUGUUCUCCCCGUGUCAGCGUGGGUUUCCUCCAGGUGCUCCGACAUGUUCUCCCUGUGUCAGCGUGGGUUUCCUCCAGGUGCUCUGACAUGUUCUCCCCGUGUCAGCGUGGGUUUCCUCCAGGUGCUCUGACAUGUUCUCCCCGUGUCAGCGUGGGUUUCCUCCAGGUGCUCCGACAUGUUCUCCCUGUGUCAGUGUGGGUUUCCCACAUGUAUUUCACACUUCUAUACUCUUACAGAAGGAACAGUUUCAAUGCAGGACUUAAUAAUUUAUCCUUAAAGCUAAGAACAUUAUUUAUAGUCGAAAUGUAUUUUCACGACAUGUUUCUGAACGUGUAUGACACUGUUGUUAGACAGAAAGAGUGUGAUUGUCUGUGUGGCAGUGCCUCCAUGUGGAGGAGCAGGAGAACUACAGCAGACUGA